GGGCAGAUUCUCAUCCCUGACUGGUAGCCUCCUUUGGAGUGGAGAGGAGGAGGUCACGGCCGCCAUGGAACCCAAGGCCCUCUGCGUCCUGGUUGUGGUCUUCUCGCUGGCCCUCAGCACCCUGGCCCAGAGCGAGGCUGAGACGUGUACAGUGGCCGCCCAAGCAAGAACAAAUUGUGGUUUUCCCGGUGUCACGGCUUCAGAGUGUAAAGAUAAAGGCUGUUGUUUUGACGACACUGUCCGUGGAGUCCCAUGGUGCUUCCAUCCUGUGGCCGUGGAUGACUCUUCGGAAGACGAGUGCCCAUUUUAGACGCUCUUCCGGCGGGAAUGGCAUCUUGAGGUGGACCGGCCCUCUGCCCGGGGGCCAGGGGCUCAGCCGCGUCACUGGCCCAACAGCUCUGGAUACUUCUAUGUCUGUGCCUCGGCUUGCUGCGUGGAUGGCCUGCUCUGAUCCCCUGUACUCUAAAUUGGCCUAAGAAUUAAAGGAGGUGGAUGUUA